UGAAAGCGAGACGGGUUCAGUGGUAGACUCAACACACCAAAACAUUACUUUAUGGUGUCGCUUUAUGCAAAGUUAUGUAAGAAAAUACCGGGAAAUCGGCUGUAAAACGUGCUUUACGAGUCCUUGCUUAAUUCAGGACUGAGUAUGGGCAGCCGAAAUACACGUGGCUCCAGGAGGGAGGUCGAACAGAAUCGAGAUGAAUCGACGUCAAAUCCCGGUGUUACUGAAGAUGCGGAUAGCGACGACAACGAAUCAGACCUUGUGAGCGUGCUUGCGUUUCUGCUUCGUAGUGGUCAGGCUCGGCUUGUGCGUGCUACCACUGAGGGAGGCAGUGGGAUCCACAUCAUUCAUGGCAUGUCGUCAAGCGACAGUGAUGAUGAUGAAGAUUUUGAUGAAGAUUUUGCUUAUCACAAUGGUAAAGUGGCCAGUCCUCCAGUUGAUCCAAAUCCUAAUACUCUAGUUGUUGAUCAAAGUGUGUUUAAACUGGACACAUUAUUGUCAAGUGGUCAAAUUUUAGGUGGUCAAAAUAUUUGUUCAAGGCUUCACAGGAGAGAAAGUUCCCUUCAUAAUCGGCCAAACUUUACCUCUAGUGACAAGGCUGCGGCUUCAGCCAAUUAUAUCCCCAACAAGAAAGCAACAAAAGCUCAGUUUCUCCAAAAGCUGUUUUGUGGCCAGUAUUCCAGUGAUGGAACAGUAUUUCUUUCAGCUUGUCAAGAUCAAAACAUCCGUCUGUACGACACAACCCAUGGACAGUUCAAAGAGUUUCGAAACAUAGUGGCAAGAGACGUAGGCUGGAGUAUAAUAGACACGGACUUUAGCCCUGAUCAGCAAUACCUCAUAUAUUCUAGCUGGUCUGACUACAUUCAUCUCUGCAACAUUUAUGGUGACUAUGAAACACAUGCAGCUUUAUGCUUAAACCCAGAAGAUUCAAGAUUUUGUGCAUUUUCAAUAAAGUUUUCUCAUGACAAUAAAGAAAUUUUAGCAGGAGCCAAUGAUGCUGCCAUAUAUGUGUAUGAUCGAGAAAGUAAUCAGCGGACUUUGAGGGUCCAUGGUCAUGAAGAUGAUGUAAAUACAGUAGCAUUUGCAGACGACAGCUCUCAUAUUCUGUUCUCUGGAGCAGACGAUGGUCUCUGUAAGGUCUGGGAUCGCCGGCAGCUAUCUGAGAAUUGCCCAUGCCCAGUGGGUGUUUUAGCUGGACAUGCUGAUGGUAUCACCCACAUUGACCCAAGGGGAGAUGGACGGCACCUUAUCACUAACUCCAAAGACCAGACAAUCAAAUUGUGGGAUAUGAGAAAGUUUUCUGCUGAGGAAGGCAUCAGUGCUACAAAACGUGCUGUAGCUGGUCAGAGGUGGGACUACCGCUGGCAACCAGUCCCACGAAAAUCUGUAAGACGUUCCAAGCUGGAUGGUGAUUCAUCUGUCAUGACUUAUCGUGGCCACAGUGUCUUACACACUCUUGUUCGCUGUUACUUCUCACCUCUCCGCACCACAGGACAGCGAUAUAUCUACUCGGGAUGUUCCACUGGUGCUGUUGUUAUUUAUGAUGCAUUGACUGGAAAAAUAAUCUCCAGACUGAGUGGACAUAGAUCAGCAGUGCGAGAUGUGUCAUGGCACCCCUAUGAAAAUGAGAUUGUCAGCACCUCGUGGGAUGGAACACUUGGCUUGUGGAGAUACAAAAGGCCAAAUGAUGAGGAAGAUAAUAAAGAAGAAGAGGAACCAGAACCCAAGCAGCAGUCUGUGGGGCCCUGUCGUCGCUCUAUUCGUCUCAGAAACCUCAUACAUGUAUAAAAUCACAAAACUUAUUACAAAUUCAGUGUGAUUUAAAAAUUCCAUAACAUAUUCUCUUGUGGGCGUUCACAUUUUUUUCUCUGGUCCAUAAAUGUUUACUUAAGUAAGCAGCAAAACAGGUAACUUUCACCUAAAGAUGGAAUUACAGUCUCUUCACAUGAGCUUGGUUGACCAGGCUGUCUCAGUUUGCAGUACGUAUUCUCACCAUCUCUUUGAAAUUUCAUUGAGUUCACAUGAGAAAAUUUUCAUGGAACAAUAACUGGGAUGAAGAAAUGUAACAUGGGAGUGGAAGACCAAAAAUGUCCUGCUAACUAUGCCAUCCUUGUUGUGGGAAUUAAAGGAAGAUGGUUGUUGUCUUUUCUGUACAUACGGUUUUGUACUUGGUGUAAUUUUUUUUCAUUGGUCAAAACGCGAACCAGCUCUCAAUAUACCCAAUAGUGUAAUUUAUGUUGAGUAUAGGAAGCAAUUUUUGGACAAAAUUAUUAAAUAAAUUUUGCUAGGACUGCGUGUAAUCCAAUGCUGUUUGUAAUCAUAUUAGUGAUGUGUGUAAACCAUGAGCAUUAUAAUUACUGACAGAAUUGGAUGACACAAAGUCAUGUAGUUAAAACUGAAAAAAUAUGAGAAAUAAACUACUCACUGAUUGAGCAA